UGGAUGGUUGUUGGUCGAGCUCGCUUGCAGCCUUGUAGCCUUGCUGGUCGAAGGCUUUCUCUGCCCCUCAUCCCCUUUCUGUCUUGUCUUUUCUCCUUCUUCAACCCAUCCUCUCUCACUUCAGUGAAUCAUUAUCAUCAUGGCUCAACUUCACCGCAACCCCCCUUUUCGCGCUGAGCACCUUGGCUCGCUUCUCCGAACGGAUGAGCUCCUGAAGACCAAGACCGCUUAUGAGAAGGGCGAGGCUCCCGAGUCGGCUCUGGUUGACAUUGAGAACAAGGACAUCAACGAGAUCGUUGAAACUCAGAAGAAGCUCGGCUUCCCCGGUGCUUCCGAUGGUGAAUACCGCAGACACAUGUUCUGGGGUAGCUUCUUCCCCGGUCUCGAGGGAUUCGAGGAGAUCGCCAACGUUGACAUUGACUACUUCCGUCUGUACGCCCCCGAUGUCGCUGCGUUCAUUGAAGAGGGCCACAAGCCCGGUGAAUCGGUGCUCUGCACAGGCAAGAUCAAGCACGUUGGCAGCACAUACGUCGACCAGUUCAAGUACCUGGCCAGCCGUGUCGCCCCCGAGGAGGUCAAGAACCUGAAGAUCACUCUCGCUGCUCCUAACUGGUACCACUUGCGGUACAAGGAGGGCAAGGCCUACCCCUCUGAUGUGUACAGCUCCGAUGACGAGUACUUUGGGGACAUCGCCAAGGCUUACCAGGCUGAACUGCAGAUCCUGUACGACGCCGGCUGCAGGAACGUUCAGUUUGACGACCCCAACCUUGCCUACUUCUGCUCUGACAAGAUGCUUGACGGCUGGAAGAAUGACCCUCUGAACAAGUACACUCCCCAGGAGCUGUUCGACAAGUACGUCAAGCAGUACAACGACCUUCUGUCCAACCGCCCCGCCGAUUUGCAUGUCGGUGUGCACAUCUGCCGUGGCAACUUUGUCGGCAGCCGUCACUUCUCCGAGGGUGGCUAUGACCUGAUCGCCACCAAGCUUUUCAAGGAGCUCAACUGCGACACCUACUACCUCGAGUACGACACCCCUCGCGCUGGAGGCUUUGAGCCCCUCAAGGAGCUUCCUCCCCACAAGAACGUCAUCCUGGGUGUGGUGACCAGCAAGUUCCCUCAGCUCGAGGACAAGGAGGAGAUGAAGAAGCGCGUGUACGACGCCGCCAAGUUCAUUGCCGAAGGCAACAACAUCAGCGUUGAGCAGGCACUCAACCAGGUCGGUGUCAGCCCCCAGUGCGGUUUCGCCAGUCACCGUGAGGGCAACGCCAUUGACCACGAUGGUAUGAUCGCCAAGCUCAAGCUUGUCAGGGACAUUGCCAACGACAUCUGGCCUGGUCAGUUGUAAAUUAAUCAAAGUAAAUAAAUGAGGAGACCAGGAUGGGGUGUACUGUUAUAUAGCACAGCGAGCGGUUUUUGUCCCUGUCGACUUUCAACAAUGCGACGAAUGUGGACGACUGUUAUGAAAAUUAUGAAAUAUAUAUGAGUUUCUAAAUAUUUGAGCUGGAAUACGUUUAUAUAUACGUAUGAUCAGCGAGUACCUU